AUGGGGUCUUCCAGCUCUAAGAUGGGACCUCUUACCGCCCGUAACUUGCGGUCGGCACAAGUUCUAACUACAAUUUCAAGGCAAAGAUAUCGUCUCAUCGAACCUGCCAGCGAUCACCAUGCAUUCGUCUGGCUUGGUCGAUCAGAGAAUAAUGGGAGCCAGGUCAUCAUCAAGUUUCCGCUGCGUACUCAAGAAAAAGAGCAAACACAGGCCAGGUAUCAGCUCAACAACGAAAUGGGCAUUCUCAGUGGUCCGCUUAAAGGUACCGUGGGCAUCCGGCAACUUGUUGAUCGAAUUAGCUUGAGUGAAGAUCCCGAUGCAAAUUCACAUGCCGGUGUUUUUGAAUAUCUGGAAUCUGAUUUUCAUAAACACUAUUUAGAAGAGAAGCGCCCAUUAACGCACCUGAAGCCUGAAAACAUCGUAUUCUCAUCGCUUUCCCGCACGGUUACAUCAGAAUUACUGGUCAAGAUUAUCGAUUUCGGAGUUGCUUGGCAACAAGAUGAAGACCGAUAUCGUCUGAUAACAAACCCGUUUUGGCGCAGUCCUGAGUCCUGGACCGGAAUGCCUUUUGGCACGCCGGCUGACAUUUGGUCCUUUGGAGCAAUUAUGGGCUCCCUAAUUAUGGAACCCGGCGCCAAGCUCUUUAAACCUAUCGGUAGUCUCGAAGAUGUGCCGCCUGAGAAACAUGAUCUAGAAUUCUUGCGUUCCAUGUGGACUAUGAUCCCGUUUCCGGAAUCGUUUUUUGAGCAGAUACCCGAGAAAUGGCAAGAUGAGAUUUCAAGAUUUUCACCAAAAUUAUCUCCCUACGGUGACCCUCUCACAUUUUCUUUCAUACAAGAUGUUUUCGGAAUCCCAAACGAAGACUGGGAAUUUGUGAGGGAUGUUUUACAAGUGGAUCCUUCGAAGAGACCGACUGCUGACGAGCUUCUUCGACAUGCUUGGCUCAACUCAUAG